AUGGGAGGGGGUCAAAAUGGCCAAAACUCGGAUUACCUAAUACUUGGACAGUCCUCUGGGAAUGCCACUUUUGGAACUUCGUUCAAUCAAAUAUAUAAUCCAUAUGGUAUAUGGGUAGAUUCGAGUUCGAAUAUAUACGUGGCGGAGUAUCAGAAUCAGCGUGUAACUAAAUGGACUCCAGGUGCAACAGCUGGGAUUCUCCUUGCUGGUAAUACAAGUUCAGCAGGUAAUACAACAGCCAAAUUAGCAUCACCGGCUGGUCUAGUAUAUGAUGAAACAAAUCAAGAUUUAUAUAUUGCCAAUUCUGCUACUGCCACUUCGACAGUAAUGAAAUGGCACGUUGGUAGUUCGAGUGGUACAGUCAUAGCAGGUACUGCUGGAAGUCCAGGAUCAACCGCAACUCAAUUAAGUUCUCCAAUGGGAAUAGCGCUAGAUAAAUGGAAUAAUUUAUAUGUGGCUGAUCGUACAAAUAAUCGCGUUCAAUUGUUCUGCAAUGGCAAUACAACAGGUAUUACCAUUGCAGGAAAUGGUGCUGGUGGUACUACUUUGGCAGCUCCAUAUGAUGUUAAACUGGAUUCAAAACUUAAUUUAUAUGUCAGCGUAAAUAGUGGAGCUCGUAUACGACUAUUUGCUAAACUCUAA